GGAGCGCAGCCAGACCAGCAAGUGCAGGCAGCUCAGCAAGCAGCCUUGGCAGCCCUGGCAGCAGAGGCAGUGCAGAGCCAGGAUGGCCAGGAGGAGGAAGGACAGGCAGAGAGUGUGUCAGUCAGGAGAAGCUUGUCAAACGAAUUGAGGCAGGCAGCUGCUACCCCAGAGAGAGGGCAGAAGAGACAGUCCUCAAGUCCAGGUAGCUCAGUCACCAAGUUCUAUCGUUUGGAUUACAUGUUUGGUUCUUCUAGUGAGAAGAUAGCCAGGCAAGAAGUGCAGCCUCUCAGUCCAGCACAGCAGCAAGCUCUAGUCAGUUUAGAGUCAGCUGAGGACAGUGCAGCAGUAAUUCUGCCACCAUCGAAGAGGAAGGGAGGCAGGCCCAAAGGUUCAGGGAGGAAGCAUGGAAAGCCAGCAGUUGGAGUCAGAAAGCAUCGAGCUGAGCCAACAGCACAAACCAAGUUGCAGCUCCACGCAGAACUAGUGGAGCUUUGCCAGCAGCCAGGCUUGAGCAAGACCAAAGCCAGACAGAUCAUAGGCAAGCAAGGUUUGAGAAGAAGAGGCAGCCACUUAAGCAUGGAAAAGCGGACCAGCAAGGCCCAAGGCAGUCGAGUGGCUGGAGCAGGCAAGCAGCUAGGUCGCCCAGACAGAUGCAGAGUGAUUUGGAUGGCCACAGCCUUGUGGGCUCAGUAUGAAGAGAGCCAGCAACAUCUGCUGAGUCUCACAGACCUAGUCAGGGACUAUGAGUACAGGCUGCAGCAGUCCAUACAGCACAGAGAGGGAGAGGAGCAGUUGUCAGCAGAGAAGCUCCAGGAGCUCCAGGCAUGGAGACAGAAGCUGAAGACACUGCAGACCAAGAAGAAGCAGCGGGAUAAAGAGGCCACGAAGCUAGCAGCCAGAGCAGGCCUGCGAGAGAGAAGCUGCCAGCAGACUCAAAACAUCAGCAAGGAGGAGUUGAGAAAGAGAAUGGAGGCAGCUUGGAGGCACUACGACAGUCAGCUUUACAAGGCAGCUCAGCCAGUUGUGCAGGAAGACCUUCCAGUGAGAGACAGAGAGGCUUGGUUUGUCAACAGGAAGCAAACAGUGCUGACUUUCAGUGACCAGAUUCCUGUCUGGCUGAAGCCUCCUCCAGGCAAGAUGCUGGUCAGCACAGUGAGACAGGAGCGGGCCCUGCAGCAGAGGGUCAGAAAGCGAGCCAGGAAGAAGCAGGCAGAGCAGUUGAAGGAGGAAGCAGCUGGAGAAGCAGCAGAGCAACAGAUGGUUGCAGCAGAAGAGGAGCUUGGAGAGCCAGAGCAGCCUGUUGAGACAGCAGCCAGAAGUCCAGGGCAGGCGCCUAGAUGGCGAGUUUCUUUUGUCGCCAGGCAGGCGGUAGAAGAAUACUUUCAGCCAGACAAGAAGCCAGUGGGUCGAGUGAUGCCUUCGAUUUUGCUGGUCUAUGGCAGCCACUGCAGAUUGGAAAACAUCAGCGAGUCAGGGCACUGGCUGGAGACAGAGCAAUAUGAAUACCAGGGUCAAACAGCGCGCAGAGAGGCAGGACAGAAGGUUUCAGGUGUGCUCAUGCGUCAGUGGAGACAGCUGAGACAGGAAAGGCCAGAGCUUUUCCAAGGAGACGAAGUGUUGGUCUGGAGUCAGCCCAGUGCAGUUGUUGACUCAGUCAUAUACGCUUUCCAGCAGGCACUGGAAGCCAAGGAGCACAGACAGGCUGUAGACCUCAUAGAUGCCUUUGUAGGAGGAUGGACUGAGGCAGGCAGCGAGGCAGCCUUCAUAACACAGAGACUCAGAUGCUGUGUGGGGGCAGGCACAACAGGCCUCACACAGCUCACAGACAUAGCGCUUGCUCAGCCAGCCAAAGCAGCCCUUAGCAGAUACCACAAUGACCUGAGGGACAUGCUCAGAGAGAAAGCCAGACAGGAAGGUGUUACACCAACCUACAAGACAGGUCUUGCAGAGAUCCUCGAGGCAGCCAGAGUGAUGCACCAGAGGAUGCAGCAGCUCAAUGAAACCAGCGAGACAGUCUUAAGGGGAGCGAGAAGUGGAGGCUGGCUCCACUACAGGCCAGACGAGGCAGGCGACCUGCAGCCAGUCAGUGCACAGCCAUGGGCAAAGGACUUUCCAGAAGGCAACAGCAAGAUGGCUCCACACAUGCUCUCAGACAGAGCAAAGUAUGUGAAGUCAGGCAAGCCAGUGCCUUUCACAGAGGAAGAGAAGGGCCAGCAGCCACAGCCAGAGUAUGAAGGCUCUUACCUGUUCUCCAGCCAGCAUGGAGUGCAGACAGGCUUUUUCGUUGACAUGCCAGCGGAUUUUGCGAUGAGCCAGGCAGAACAGCUGGCAGUGGAAGAGUUGCUGCAGCAUCCAACAGUGAGGCAGAAAGCGGGCUCCAAAGCACAGAGGCAGGCAUUGGAGCAAGUCAGACCAGUCAGCAGCAAGACAGCAGGCAAAAAGUUGAAGCCCAGUGCCAAGCUCAAGUACAGUCACUUGCAGAAAAGGAAGAAAAAGCAGAGCAAGAAGACAGCAGCAAUCAAGACAGCAGAGGCAGCAGAGAAAGCAGAGGAAGAGGAGUCAGAGUGGAAUGGUGCCAUAGGCAGAGUUGUUGGAGAGACAGCAAAGGCAGCCUGGCAAGGCUUGGUCGUGACAGUGGAGAAAGCAAAGGGCAGCCAGCUCCUCUGCCAGAUACCGAGCAAGGGCAGCCAGUGGAUUUGCAAGGCAGAUCUAGAAUGCCCUUUGCUGCCAAAGACAGCCAGGCAGACAAUGGCUCCACAGCAGCUCAAGGAUGCAGCCAGGCAGUCUUUGCAGGCAGAUUGGAUGCAGCAAGUGGAUCUCUACCAGUUCGGCCAGCUGGUGACAGAUGAUCAGCUCUUGGCAGGCUGGAGAGAGAUUAGCAGCAGACUGAAGCCAGGCAGUGCAGUGCGAUGGGUAACCCCAGCUCAAAGCAAGCUAGCAGCAGAGACAGGUGCAGUUUGCAAAGCCAUGGAAGACUUCCUGGCAGACAGCAAGACUUUGCUGCUGGUACCAAUCCACAGCUCAGCUCCACAGCACUGGACACUGCUUUCUUUGAGCAAGGCAGGCAGCAGCAAAGAAGAACAGCCAGAGGUCCAGUACUUCGACACACUCAAGAUGCAGCCAGAAACAGCCAAAGCAGCAGCUAGCACAGUGCUGCAAGUCUGUUUUCAGACAGAGACAGAGCUGCCAGUGCCAUGCAACCGUUUCCACCAGUCAGACGGUUUCAGUUGUGGCCUCUGGUGCCUUCAGUACAUGGAAAGACAAGCCAGAGAGUUCCUAGGAUGUAGUCAGUCCACAUGGCAGACAGUUGGGGAGCUGAGCCAGAAGCUUCAGUCCUGGCAAGAAGCAGUGCUGAAGCAGAAGUCUUUAGACAAGGCAGCAAAGGCUUUAGAGGCCAAGAAAGCAGCAGAGAAGCAGCCAGCAGAAGAAGCAGGGAAGACGAAAAAAAAGGGCAAGGUGGCACAGACCAAGCUGCAGCUAGGCUGGGACGAGCAGUUUGGUUGCAGCAAGUGCAAGUAUAGCAAGACAGGCUGUUUGGCUUGCAACCCAGCCAAGAUGCUGCGCUGGGCAGAGAAGCAGGCACAGCAGACGCAGCUCUUGCAGGCAGCUUUGGCAGCCUUGCAAGACAUACAGACAGAAAUGCACCUGCUGGGGAAGAAGGUGUGUUGUAUGGAGCUGCGACAAGCAGCUAGGUCCUCCUUUCAGCUGGUUGAUGCUUUGCUGCCGAGACAGCUAGACAGCCAGAGGAGCAAGGAGACAGAGGGGCAGGCUGGAAUCUUGAAUAAUUAG